AUGGCCCCCCGCUGCUUCAUCAUCCGCCACGGCGAAACCGAAUGGUCCCUGAACGGUCGACACACAGGCACCACAGACCUGGCAUUAACACCGAACGGCGAGAAACGAAUCAAGUCGACGGGGAAGGCGCUCGUCGGGAACGAUCGGUUGAUUGCGCCGAGGAAGUUGGUUCAUGUAUACGUCUCUCCACGCUCUCGCGCCCAACGAACCCUCGAACUGCUCGACCUCGGCUGCCGCGAGCGUCUACCUUGGACAGAAACCCGGAGACCCGAAGACGAGGAGCCGAUUCGCACGGAAGCCAAGGUGGAGGUGACGGAGGCGGUUCGCGAAUGGGAUUACGGCGACUACGAGGGGUUGACGAGUAAGCAGAUCCGAGAGAUGCGGGCGGAGAAGGGGGAAGGGCCGUGGGAUAUUUGGCGGGAUGGAUGUCCUGGGGGAGAAUCCCCCGAAGACGUCAUUCGUCGUCUAGACGCCGUGAUCGCCGAAAUCAGACAGAAGUAUCACGGUCCAUGCUUCGACGGGUCCUCGUCUAGCGAACAAGGCGAUGUGCUGAUCGUCGCGCACGGGCAUAUCCUGCGUGCGUUCGCGAUGCGAUGGACCGGGAAGCCGUUGACGGAGACGGCUUUGAUUUUGGAAGCAGGAGGUGUAGGAACGUUGAGUUACGAGCACCAUAACAUCGAAGAGCCGGCCGUGAUUCUAGGCGGAGGGUUCGUCGUCGAUAACUAG